AUGAUUGCACGAAGGAGAGUCAAGCAACUUCGGGACGCCCAACGCCUCCCCAAGUAUCUCUGUGCGGUCUACCUGUAUGGUCUUCGUCGGCUUGGAACGACUUAUAUUACGUUCAGUUCGCUUGCUCAGUUAGAGCAUCGUGUUCGAUCAAGGUUUGCUAUCGACCACGUCGUCAGUAUCUAUCGAGAACGCCUAAAACGAGUAUCAACGCUCGAGCAGUUAAAUGACGGCGACACUCUUUGUGUUACUCAGAACGCUUACGAUGACAUGGAUAUCUUAUGCGACUGGAUAAAACAACGGCAGCGAAUCGUGCAUGAUUUCCAAUACACACCAAAGGUUAGUAAUAAACCGCAGCUAUGGGACUCAAAUGGUCGCAGCAUUGGUGUCCAAGCGAAACAGAUGGGUUAA